CCAAUGCAUUGGUUGCCGAAGCGGGCGGACUUUGGACUUUGCGCUGACUGUUUGUUACAUUGACUGAUAAGUGACUGACUGUUUAGUAUGGAGAGUCGCGAAGCGGCGUCGGGCCGUAUUACCGGGACUGGUGCACAAACCGCUAGUGAGACUGGCGGUGUUGAAACACCAGCUGAGAAGCGGGUAGUAAAGCUCACCGUGAAAGCGCUUGCUGAUAAACUGGAAAAGUUGCAAGACAGCAGAAGGGCUAAGCUAAACAAAGUAACAAACAUAAGAAAAUCAAUGCAAAGUUUGAUGCUAAUGGGUGAUAAAGAACAGGUACAAAAUGCUCUUGAAGAGUUGAUUAAUGUGUGUAAUGAAGCUAAAUGUGUGCAUGAAUCUCUGUUGGGUUUGUUGCCAUGUGAUGAAAAAGAAAAACAUGUAACAUGGUUUAAUGCAAAAAUGUUGGCACCAAAUGAGUGUAUUGCUGAGGCAAAAAGGUGGGUUUCAUGCAUUGAAGGUGACACACAUGAAAAGGGUAAUAUUGAGGAUGAUAUUCAUCCAGAUGACAGUGUUUCUAAUGUUGGUAGCAAACACUCAAGCCACAAAAGUAUGAACAGUGGUAAGUCCAGUACCACAUCCUCUGCCAGAAUAAAGGUGGAGGCAGACAGAGCUGCACUCAUGGCUCGCGUGGCCUCUUUAAAAGAAAGACAAGCUUUGGAGGAGCAAGAACAGCAGUUGAAGAGGAAAAGAGAGCAGCUUGACUUGGAAGCUGAACUAGCUGCAUCCACUGCUAAGCUAGCAGUAUUGAGGGCAUAUGAUGUGGGAAGCUCCUCUCAAGUACCAUCAAAUGGCAUGAAUUCCUAUUUGGAAAGGGACAAAAGGAAAAUGGAAUCUGCAAAUGUAUUGAAUCCUUCUGCAAAGGAAUACAAACCUGGAUCAUGGAAAUCAUCACAACAAAAUGAUAUGACAAAAGGAUCAUUACUGUCUAACAGGCCAUUGGAUAUGAGACCAAAUGAACAUCAGCAGGAAAACAAUUUGUUGGGAACAUCACAGCAUCUGCAGUACCAACCAACAACUGCUCAGUUAAAGCCAGAGGAAAGGCAGCCUACAUACCAGCAUUUGGUCGGUCAACAUCCAACUGUGGACAUACUUACCAUCAUGCACAGACAAAAUGAAAUCACAGCUGCUUUGGUUCAACAGCAGCGUUCACUGUCUCUACCACCACGAGAUAUUCCCUUAUUUGAAGGGGAUGCUCUUCAAUACAGGACAUUCAUCAAAGCCUUUGAGCAAGGAGUGGAGGAAAAGGCAGGACAAGCAGAUUGUUUGUAUUAUUUGGAACAAUUUAUCAGAGGACAACCACAAGAACUGGUACGUAGCUGCCAACAUAUGGCUCCUGAGCGUGGCUAUGCAGUGGCGAAGGGUCUUCUACAGGAACACUUUGGAAAUCAGUACAAAAUCGCAACUGCUUAUAUUGAAAAGGCUUUGGCUUGGCAAAUAAUAAAAUCUGAGGACGUGAAAGCACUCCAAGCGUACUCUUUGUUCUUACGUGGCUGUUGUAACGUGAUGGGGGAACUCCAGUACAUGGAAGAACUGGAUAUGCCUGUAAACAUGAGAGCCAUCAUUUCAAAGUUGCCAUACAAAAUGAGAGAACAAUGGAGGACAGUAGCUCACGACAUAAUGGAGAAAAGCAAUAACAGAGCUUACUUCAUUGAUCUGGUCAAAUUCAUGGAGCGUCAUGUCAGAAUUCUUUCCGACCCGCUGUUUGGCAACAUACAGGAACCAACAUCUGCCGUUACUGGGACGAAGCCUCUCGCCAGGUUUAAGCCACAGUCUGGGUACAAGGUGAAGGAAAACAUUGUUGCCACCACAGUAACAUCUAAGGACUUGCCCCAGGAGGCUAAGGAACCAACAUCAGAUCCAGCCAAGGCUGAAAAUGCUGAAUGUCUCUGCUGUGCUUGUAGUCACUCAUUGGACGAGUGUAAACAGUUCAAGGGAAAGAUGCACAAGGAUAAGAUUCACUUUCUGAGGGAAAAGGGAGUUUGCUUUGCAUGCUUAGGUGAUGGUCACAUGAGCAGGGAUUGCGAGAGGCACAUGACAUGCAAGGUUUGUGGACAAACUCAUCCCACUGUGCUUCAUAUCAAAAGGCAAGUAACAGCUUGGCAGCAGGAACCAUCUCAACAGCCAUAUUCAUUCCAAACAUGUGGACAUACAGGGGCCGGUGAGGACCGGUGUGUUCUAUCCAUUCUCCCUGUAAAGGUGAAAUCUGCCAAAGGAAAUCACAUCAUUGAAACUUAUGCCUUUUUGGAUCCUGGUAGUUCAGCCACGUUCUGCUCAGAACAUCUAAUGCAGAGGCUGAAUGUUACAGGCAGAAGAACCAGCUUCUUGUUGCACACAAUGGGUCAAGAAACAGUUGUUCCAGCUUACUCCUUGACUGGUUUGGAGGUCUCUGAUCUUGAUGGCAAUGACUUCUAUAUUCUCCCAGAGGUUUUCACACAGAAGAAAAUGCCAGUUACAACCGAUAGCAUGGUGACACAUGAGGACCUGGCUAAAUGGCCCUACUUGUCAAAGGUACACAUUCCAAGCAUUAAGGCAAAUGUCGACCUGUUGAUUGGAACAAAUGCUCCCAAGAUAUUGGAGCCUUGGGAGGUCAUCAACAGCUGCGGGAAUGGCCCGUAUGCCAUUAGGACUGUGCUGGGAUGGGUUGUAAAUGGGCCGCUGAUUGGAAACAGUGGCACCCUGGAGGCAGGGCUUCCCUCCGCUAAUGUGAACCGGAUCUCUGUGUGUAAACUGGAAGAAAUGCUAACCAAGCAGUACAAUCAUGACUUCAAUGAAAGGAGUGAGGAGGAAAAGGAAAGGUCCAGAGAAGACCUCAAGUUUCUGGAAACUGUGGAGCACUCAGCGGUACUUCAGGAUGGGAAGUAUUGUUUGAAAUUGCCCUUGAAGAGCAAGGAAGUCUAUCUGCCUAACAACUUCGUGGUGGCAAAGCAAAGUAUCCAGGGUUUGAGGAAAAGGUUCCUCAACAACAAACACUUGCACCAGGAGUAUGCAGGGUACAUGAAUGCGCUCAUCAGUAAGACCUAUGCAGAGCCAGUACCUCAACAUCAACUGCAUCAGGAAAAUGGUCCUACUGACCAGCUCAUUGGCUACUUUUUUGACUGGAGAGGGCUCAAGACAUCAGUUGCCUGGUUCCUCAGGUUAAAGGUCGGGUUGUUAGGAAGGAUUCGCCUACGAAAGCAGCUGGAAGCUUCUGAGGCUAACCAUUCAGAGGAAACCAGUCAGGACAGACCAAAGCCACCAUAAUUGAAAGGCCAGUGACAAAACUCUGUUUGGUACAUGAAGUUUAAAUGCAUAACUUGGUGUAUUGUAACAUUUGGCUCCUCUUUUUUGUGUAUUUUGUUUGAAUUGUUAUGUCUGCCUGCCAUAACAAUUAGGGGCCGGUGUGUAAGAGCCAAAACAUGAUGCUGACAUACUGAGGUUGGGAUGUAAUUCACUUUUACGAACACUAGGUGGCACUGUAUUAAUUGAUUGACCCAGUCACAGGUAUAUAGGUAAGGAGGUG